GUUCGACUUGCAAUCCGUUGCUUGUUCGGCGCGGAAGAUGAAGGCAAAGCAGUGUGCAAACCCGCUCUGCGACGUCGAGAUCAGCAACCCGUACAUCCACUACUGCGACCGAUGGAUGUGCCAGCAGUACCGCGGCGUCAUGGCGCUCUUCCCGGCGGCGGCCAGGCCGGCGACGACGCUCCAGCGCGAGGUACCGAGAGGCGCGGCCGGCAAGCGCCCGCGCGCCUUCGACGACGACGAGACCGAAGAGCAAGAGAUGCCACGACAGCCCAAGCUUGGUCGACGCAGCAAUCGCAUCAUCGAUGACUCGGACGACUCGGAUGCCGACGAUGAGAUGGAGGCGCCUGUCGCACGCCCGACACGGCCCGUAUUCCCCGCAAAGGAGCCGGCGCCCAAGCCCCGCCUUCCGCCACCAGCACGUAGCACUCGCCCGAUUCCAGAGCCUCCAUCACACAACAGCGUGGGCAAGGCCGAACCGCUGGCCGUCAAGGCCGAGCCGGCCAUCCACGUCGCGACGAGCCAGUUGCAGUCGACAACGAAGCGCGCCGCUGUCCCGUCGCCGCCGCUUCCAUCGCCACCAACUUUGGCACCGGUAGCAUCAGCGUCAUCAUCGUCACAGUCGGCUCCAACUUCAGCGCCGCUCGUUCCUGCGACACGACCUCCCGAGCGCCCGCCAUCGCACACGCAGCAGCCGACCGCCGUGCCACCGCCGACUACUGUGCGCAAGCUCAACCUUCACGAAUACCUCUCACGCAGCAAGGUCUCGCUGCGUACGAUCCCGCCAAGUCGACCGACUGCCGUCACAGAUGCAUACAAGCCGCGGCCGACAUCGGCGAGCGUGAACCACAUCUUGAACAACGAAGAAGACAACGCCGAUGACGACUCUGGCCUCGACCACAGCGCCGACGCGGCUACCGAUCAGCCUGCGCCCCCCACGCUCUGCGCCCACGGCCGCGCGACUCAAGACUUUUGCCAAGCCUGCGUCUCAGCGCGCAUCGUUGCUGUCAAGCCCGAGUUGACCGCGCUCUGUGCGCACAGCAACCUCCACGACGUCUGCCCGAUCUGCUCGAUCCCGCCGGCGCUUGACCGACGGCUGAGCGAAGCUGGGACCGCGGCGCUUUGUCCCCACGGCGGCGUGAGCACCCGCCACUGCGCCGUGUGCCAAACCACGGCCAGCAUGGAGCUUCUCGUGCUGCCGAAAGACGAGGCCUGUGUCGAUGGUGCAAGCGAGGGCUGCGGACACUUCCAGCCAGAGACCGUACGUGGCCCGUGCCGCGUCUGCGGGGCACCGAGACCGGAUACGGCGCGGGCAAAGCGCCCACCGCACAGCCCACCGUCGAGCCCACUGCAUGUUGCCAAGCGGGCGCACGUCAAGGACGAAGGCUUGCAGCUACCCGCGCAUCGCGCCGACGCGGCAGUCCCAGCGUCGCAAGUCGCCAUUGACGGUUUGGCGCCACGAGCUGCGAUACCGCCGCCUGUCGCUGACGCCGCGCGGCCAGUCGUAUACCCACCGAUGACGUCUCCGCGUGUGGUCGCGAUGCCCUCGCCGCCUGCAGUCGUAAGCCCACCUCUGGAGGGUGUAGGGCAGAGUGCUCCUGGUGCGCAGAGCGCAGCGUUUAUCGAUGACGACGACGACGUCAUCGGACAGCACAGUGAUGACGACGACGACGAGCAGGACGUCGACGGUCCAACCGAUUUGCCGUCCGAGCCGAUUAUCCUUUCGUACUCGGACCGCGAGCUCUACUCUAUUCUCUGGUUCUUCUCGGUGAAGCUCACGACGCUGCUCGGGACGAUGAAACAGCUGCGCAUUGCGCACUACAACUGUCUCUCGCACUUUCGAGAGCUCGUCAAGGAGCUCAAGAAGGCGAGCGUCGAGAUCCAACUGCCGUUUGAGAUUACGUGCGUCCGGACAAAAGGGUCGGUGCGCUUUGGGCCCCACACAUACCUCGAGCUGCCCGCGCGCAGCUUGGAAGACGCCCACCGCGUCGUGCUUCUGGAGCUCUACCUGCAAGCGACGCACUGGGCGCUCCUCAGCAAGCAAAUCCAGCUCGGCAAAGUGGCUUCGAUCCCCGACAUCCUCCCGGCGGCCCGCACCAUGGCGAUGAGCACCAAGUACGCGCGGCUUCCCAACGGCGACACUGAAUAUGUGCACGGCGUGCUGUACUUUGAGGUCGGACGUGCGACGGCGGCCCGCCUUGCGGACGCCAAAACCGCGGCGACCGCGGACGCGUGGGCUCGCCUCCACCGCAUCUGCAUGCACAUCUCGCCCUUGUACCGGCCGGAUCUCCACCUGGCAGUGCAGGGCGCCGCCGCACCGAGACCUGUGCCGCCUCGUGCUGCCAACAACUGGGUCGACCGCGUCGACGGCACGCCGCUAUCGCCUGCGCAACCGUCGGCAAGCUAUGGACCACCAACCUUGGACAUGGAGGACGACGAGUAUUGACGACGCCGUGUCGUACCUUAGACCAAGUACACUAAACUAGUAAGAUGAGUUUCACCCUAUAUAACGUUUGC